GUUCAAGAGUAAGAGCACCACGACACCAAAGCGCACAGCUGUUUUAACGCCUGUAGGCCAUGGAAGGGAGUUCAGAUGAGCCACGAAAAACGGGGAGUCAUUUGUCGAAACACUAACACUGAAAUCAUUACCUUUAACGCCACAAUCCCGCAGCUACCGCUUAGAGAUAUCUUUCGCAUAUAUCGAGACGUUCGCUUCAGCAAGGAACCCAAAGACCCCACAAGUGUUUCCCAGUCCCACUUUUCUGCUGUUUUCUCGCACGCCGGUAGAAGGAGACCAUACGCCUGCUACUAUCUCUGUCUUGACCCAGGGUCAUUAUAUGUUGGUGGUGGCCUUUGGGUCCCUGAGCCACCAACUAUUCAGCUACUGAGCCAGAGCGUUGUUGAGAGACUUGUCGUCACAGCCUGGAUCUGGAUUAUUUCCCCAGCUCCGAGAAGUCACUCCUUUGCAGAUACCUCAACACCCGUUUGGGGCUCGAGCUCCAGCACAGCAACUUUGUUUGUUUCCUUCAGCAUAUACCCUGCGACGUAG